AUGGGCUAUCCCAAAACCGUGGGCGGUGCCUACCCCAAAAAACGCAAGUUGACUCCCAAGGUGGAAGAAGUCAAUUUCGACUCCGAUGCCCGCCAGGAAUGGCUUACUGGAUUCCACAAGCGCAAGGUACAGCGCGCUAAGCAUGCCCAGGAGGUAGCGAUCCAGAAAAUGAAGGAAGAAAAGAGACAUGACCGGGCAAGGCUUCGCGAAGAACGAGCGGCCGACAUGAAAAGGAUAAUGGAAGAGCAUAAGAAUCACCUCAAGCGUUUGAAGGAGGAAUUCGACAGCGAUGACAGCGACGACAGCGCCGAGGAGAGCGACGAGGAGUGGGGAGGCAUCGAGGAACCGCCGGCGGUUGACUACGAAGCUGAAUAUGUCGACGAAGACAAAUACACAACUGUGACCGUUGAAGAAAUGGACACUUCCCGAGACGCUCUCCGAAAGUCUGCGAAAGGAGAGGAUUCAGAGGAGGAAGAAGAGAAGCCAUCUACAAAGACACCAGAGCCAGAGGCGACACCCGAUAAAAAGGUUCGCAAGACUACACACAAGCCUAAGCCGAAGAAGAAGCAAUUCCGAUACGAGAGCAAAGGAGAUCGCAAGAUUGCCGCAUCAAAACAGCGGUCAUCAAAAGCGAAGAAAGCCAAGGCUCGGAGAGAGCAAUGA